ACGCCCCCCUACCGGUAACUCUGCGCCCUCGGUAUGGAGCGGAGGAGACACCGGCUGUGAUGUGGGGGAGGAGCCGAUUGUAGGAGGGAACUACAGCUCCCGGCAUGCCCCGCGCACAGCUCCGGUGCCGGCGGCCGGUACAGAGAUGACAGCGGAGCAGCAUGGAGACGGAUAACCGGAAGCUUCUGGGGAACCAGCACAACAGCAACUACGGGUCACUGUCGGGCUUGAGGCCCAAGCCGUGCAUGGAGCUUAGUGGAUACUGUAGAGUAAAAUGGCGCACAGCUCUUUGUUACAUUUUCUGUGUUCUCACCCUGGGGAUUCCUCUCAUCGUCUUCCACUGGAAGCCUCUGCUCCACGUCCUGGCCACCCGCCGCCGCUGCUCCCUGGCCGAAGCCGACACCAUGGUUAUUAAGGACCUCUUUGGACAGACGUUUAUAGUGGAUGUGCACGAGGAGCAUGGCGUGGAUCCCAGUCUACAGGUUGACAGCAUGGGGCGGCCGGGAGCGGCAGCGGGGGGCAGCGUGGCGCUGGCUGUCGGGGAAGAGGACGAGUUUAAGGACACGAUUCAGCUGCACUACAAGGAGGAGCCUCACGUCCUGCGUUACUUUGUAUUCGAGGGGAUGCGUUACAUCUGGAAGGAGCAGUCCAUGGACUUUGUGAAGGUCAGUUCACUGGACGAAGGGUUAACAUGCGGAGAGGUUCACACGUACAAGUCCGGCCUCAACCAGUCCGACCACAAUAACCGGAAGUUGAUUUACGGCCAUAAUGCGAUCGAUGUCCCUGUGAAAUCCUACGGGCAGCUCCUAGUGGAGGAGGUCCUCAAUCCCUUCUACAUCUUCCAAGUGUUCAGCAUGGUCCUGUGGAUGUGCGAGCAGUAUUAUUACUACGCCGCCUGCAUCUUCGUCAUCUCCAUCAUCUCCAUCGCCAUCUCGCUCUUCGAAACCCGUAAGCAAAGUGUCACCUUGCGCAAUAUGGUGAAGAUGGUGGUGAGCGUGAAGCUGCGAAGACCGACCGGAGAGGAGCUGCUGGUGAACUCCACGGACCUGGUCCCUGGGGACUGCAUCCUUCUGCCUCCGGAGGGGAUGUUAAUGCCGUGUGAUGCCGUCCUGCUGUCGGGGGAGUGUAUGGUGAACGAGAGUAUGCUGACUGGUGAAAGUGUCCCUGAAAUGAAGACCCCAUUACCCGACGGCCCCUCUGCAGCCGACACAGUCUAUUCCACAGAUGCCCAUCGCCGUCACACUUUGUAUGGUGGAACCCAAAUCAUACAGGCCAAGAGCUACAUGGACAGGGAUGUCAUCGCUGUUGUCAUAAAGACAGGUUUUUGCACGGUGAAGGGAAACCUCAUCAGCUCCAUCCUGCACCCCAAACCCGUCGUUUUCAAGUUCUACCGGGACUCUCUCAAAUUCAUCCUGGUCCUGGCUAUAUUUGCCAUCAUCGGGACCAUCUACAGCAUCGUCAUGCUCGUCUUAUAUAAGCAUCCCGUAUCUGUGAUCAUUAUAAGGGGCCUCGAUGUCAUCACUAUUAUCGUGCCGCCUGCUCUUCCGGCCGCCAUGACUGUGGGCACUAUAUAUGCCCAGAACCGGCUGAAGAAGAAAGGAAUAUUCUGCAUCAGUCCCCCGCGCAUCAACGUCAGCGGCAAGAUAAAGAUGGUGUGCUUCGAUAAGACAGGAACCCUGACGGAGGAAGGUCUGGAUGUUUGGGGCGUUAUCCCCCUCGAUGGCUUAAACUUCCUUCCGAUCGUCCACGACCCUCGUUCACUGCCCGAUGGACACUUGUUGUAUGCGAUGGCCACCUGCCACUCCAUCACCCUCCUCAGUGGACAUCCCAUCGGUGACCAGAUGGAUCUGAAGAUGGUGGAGUCCACAGGCUGGGUUCUUGAAGAUGGAGACGCUGACCCACAAACAAGUGACAUAUUUGGGACUAAACUGCUGUCGGUGAUGAAGCCUCCAAGCCUAGAGAUGCAGCCUCAUGGGCCGAAACAUCAGGUGCCCGUGGGGGUCCUGCAGAGGUUUCCAUUUUCCUCCGGUCUGCAGAGGAUGAGCGUCAUAGCCAAACUCCCCGGAGAUGCCAAGUGUGAGCUCUACAUGAAGGGGGCGCCAGAGAUGGUGGCCAGUCUGUGCAGACCUGAUACAGUGCCCCCCGACUUCAUGGCGAUGCUGCGGCAGUACACGCAGGACGGAUAUCGUGUGCUGGGGUUCGCCAGUAAACCUCUCCCGUCAGUGCGGACAUUUAAAGAGGCUCAGUCCAUCACAAGAGAAUCGGCAGAAUGCAAUCUGGCUUUCUCGGGUUUCCUGGUGAUGAAGAACGUCCUUAAACCGGAGACUUCGCCCGUUAUCUACUCGCUGAGGAAAGCCAAUAUACGGACGGUCAUGGUGACGGGGGACAACAUGUUGACGGCCGUGAAUGUCGCCAAGAGCUGCCACCUGGUGGAGCCGGCGGAGAAGGUUUUCUUCGUGAACGCGUCUCCCCCCGCGUACGAUCGGCCGGCCACCCUCAAAUUCAUCCUGGCAGAGACGGCUGUAGGAGAAGAGACCAUGGAGGGUCAAUACCAACGUAGCGGCGUGUUCCUGGACAGGCAGCCAUACUGUUUUGCGGUGAAUGGAAAAUCCUUUGCUGUCCUGUCCUACUAUUUCGCAGAUCUGAAGCCCAAGAUUCUUAUUCACGCUGCAGUUUUUGCCCGAAUGUCGCCGGACCAGAAGACGGAGCUGGUGCGUGACUUCCAGGAUCUGAAUUACUGUGUGGGGAUGUGCGGUGACGGAGCCAAUGACUGCGGAGCCCUGAGAGCUGCGGACGUGGGGAUCUCUCUGUCAGACGCCGAGGCUUCGGUCGCUUCUCCAUUUACUUCCAAACUGAGCAACAUUGAGUGCGUCCCGAUCCUCAUCCGGGAGGGCCGCUGCUCGCUGGAGACCUCCUUUCAGAUGUUUAAGUACAUGGCCAUGUACAGUCUGACCCAGUUCAUCACUGUGCUCAUCCUGUAUACUGUGGACACCAACCUGGGCGACUUCCAGUUCCUCAUGAUUGACCUGUUGAUCACCACCACUGUGGCGGUGUUAAUGGGCCGGACCGGGCCGGCGGGCGAGCUGGGGCUGACACGCCCACUGGGCACCCUGAUCAGUAUCCCGGUCCUCGGCAGCCUCAUUGUCCAGACCGGCAUGAUUCUUCUGGUGCAGCUGCUGUGUUAUUUCCUCACGGAGUCGCAGCCAUGGUUUGUUCCCGUUAACUCCACCAGCUCGUUGCCGCAGAACCUGCCGAAUUACUCGAACACGGCCAUCUUCUGCUUAUCCGGAUUCCAGUACCUGAUUCUCUGCGUUGUGGUCUCUAAGGGAUAUCCUUUCCGGAAGCCGCUGUAUACCAACAUUCUGUUCCUCGUCAGCCUCAUCCUGCUUCUCGCCAUGAUGCUCUGGAUCACAAUUUACCCCCUGAAGUUCAUUCUGUCGCUCCUCAACCUCAAGGACAUCAGCGACUACAACUUCAAGUUCGUGUUACUGGGAAUGGUGGCCGUGAACUUCAUCGCUGCGUUCAUUGUGGAGACUGCCCUGGACCAUGGAUACUUGGGCUGCUUGAGAAAACUGCGAAAAAAGAAGGAAUCCAAAAAAGUUUACAAGAAGUUAGAGCAGGAGCUAAAGGGUCAGCACACGUGGCCCCCCGUGAACCAGACUCUGUACCCCAGCUUCUCCAAGCACUCCAGGUAGCAGGAAUCUGAGGGGGACUUACUGUGAACCUGUUACAGGGCGGAUCGCUGCGAGCCCCCAACCCUGGUGCAGCAAUAAUCAGGUGAGCUCCAUGCAGGAUCCUAAAACUCCAGCCGGAUGUCCCACUCCAUUGACUAUGACCGAGGCUGCUCCAUAUUCAGAUCUUCUGUAACUAUGGUGGACACCUCACAAUGCACUAAUAAUCUUCUACUGGAUACAGGAGAAAAGUGUCCAGACGGGAAGCUGUUACCAGUCUGUGUGCUUGGAUUACAGCGCAGCACCUUACAGGAUAGAUCAGGACUUGCAGCACCUUACAGGAUAGAUCAGGACAUUGUGAUUCUGGAAACUGUGCAGGAAAAGUUAUUUCACCAGCACUGACUCUUCCAGGCCUGUGAUCUAGAACAAUCUAGAUCCCUGCUGUAUUGCUUCUCAUCUUGUCGGGCAAUGGAAAUCCCUACUUUGCACAGCUCUCGGUUUACACGAGAUCCUGUCCUCGCUGUAUAUCCGUGCUGCAUUGGUUGGCCUGGGGAUAGAGACUUUAUAUAUUCUGAACACACUCAGGAAAAAUGUCCGUUCUGCAGAUCAUCUCGCCAGACGGCAACGCAGCUCAUCACACUGGAUUCUCCAACGUUAUGUGUUCAGUGAUCCGCCCAGGGUGCGACCCGUACAAUGGCCGCAUCUUUAUUUAUUUAUUGUCUGAUAGUCUUUGGUGCGGAUUUCACUACUUGUUGGGGUCUUUCUUGCCAAAAAGAGCGCACCUUAAGUCAUUCUGUUCACUCGUCACAUUUAUGUUUUGUUUUUUUCUUCUUCAGUUUAACUUUUUUUUUUCUUUUUGAUGGUUUUACGUAUGUAUGUGUGUGAUAGAGAUA